AUGCGCCAUGUAUCCUGGCUAAGCCUCUUUGUGAGCGUGGCAGAGGCGGCCUACCUCUUUGAUGUUGCGGUAGAGGUGCUGGCACCGGCGGCGGAGCAGGAAAGCUUCCUUUGGAUUGGCUUUCGCACCAGCAGAUCCUAUUCCUAUGACUCCUCAGAUUUCCCCUUCCAUUCGUUGCUGAUCGACGAGGAGUCCACAGAGAAGAGCCUGGUGUUCUCUGCGGAUUGCGGCGCUUUGCUGGAGCUCUCGGGCGGAUGGCCAGGGAGUGUCACCUGUGGUGAGGGGUUCUUUCAGUUUGAUGGCCGAUUGAAAGCCUUUACCUGGUACGAGCUGGUGGUGAAGGUGAAGAUGUCCAGCUCAGCCGCGUCCGUGAGCAGUUUGCCGCUUCAUUUGAAGGUGGGCAGGCAGACGUCUGUGCCACUCAGCUUGGCUGAGGUGGAGUUUUUUGACUCCUCCUUCGGCGCCAUUGAGGCGGGUCCGCUGAAUGCCUGGCACUGGCCCGGGCCCUUUCUCAACUUGACCACUGGGCUGGAGAUUGUGUCGCCUCGCACCUUCCUUCUGCCGGAGGUGACCUUUGACCUGGAGAUGUUGCUCCAAGUCCCGGCCAUGACUUCACCUGCCAGCUUCCUCAUUCUGGCACGGCCGUUCACCGCCUGGGCCUUGACGUCCUUUGGCAUUCCCCCAGGCCUAGAGGACGAGAACGCGUCCUGCAACUCCUCCGUCUCCAUAUCCCAACAGGUGCCAUACCGCUGCUAUUGGAUCUCCUUCGGAUCCAACGGGAGGGCCAACGGCAUGAAGCUGGUCUUUGAUGAGCUGCCACUGGACUCCGUGAAACUUCAGGUGUCCUCGAUCCGAUCCCCAGCGCAGGGCUCCUUCGACCAGUGGCUGGUGGUGGCACUGGAGGGCGAUGGCCGAGCGGGGAAUGCCAGUGAGCCGAGGCCCGGCCGUGCCAUGGCAGAGAGUCUGCAUCGCAUCCUGGUGCAGCCAGUGCCAGACAUCGAGAUCCUGAACUUCAGCUCCAGCGCGGUGUCCAUGCUGAAUGAGGUGAGACUGCAGGUCACGCCGAGGGCCACGAUUUACGGGCAAGCUGGGCUGGAGUCAUACAUGAAAGUGUAUCUGCCAAUGGUCAUGGGCGAGAUCGUGUCAUGCAAUUUGGAGCCAGUGGCGGUGUGGGGAGGAUUUGCGUCAUACUUUGACAGAUUCCUGGCGCAGCAGAGCUCGGCGCAGAAGACCUGCAUGAUUGUGGCCAGCUCGCCUGGGCUCAGCUUUUUUGCGCAGACGUCUUACGUCAUCGCGCUGACGUUCUACAAUGCUCCCAUUGCAUUCCGGGGCGAGGAACAUGCUUGGCAGCUGGAAUUGCACUCUCCAGCAAGUUCGGCGCUGACGUUUUCCAUCGCAGCACCCUUUGAUGUCGUGAGUGCCUUCCCCCUCUUCCAAUUGAGACUGUCCCGGCUGGCGGUCUCAGAGCUCAUGACAGUGGACCAGAAAGGCCUGGCGCGCAUAGAUUUUCAGGUGGCUGGAGAGCCAGAUCAAGUGGGACCUGAUGGUCCCGCCUUGUGCGUUCGCUUGACGCCACCUGAGGGCUUCAGUUUCGGAGUUUGGUGCGACAGCUUCCAGGUGCUGCUGGGUCUGCCCUUGGCCACCACCUGCGAAAUCCGGUCGCGCGUGGCCACGCUGAAACUGCCCACGGCGCUGCCGGCGGAGCCUCUGGCCUUCUCCCUGGGCCUUUGGAAUCCCCCGUCACGCCUGGCCUUGGACCAGCACGCCGCCACCUGGGCCAUCGAGUCCAGGCACGGGGACUGCGGGCGGCUGCACGGCCAGCGGCUGGGGCAGACCUCUACCUUUGGGCCUUGGCCCCAGGCGCUGUAUCCUUUGCCUCUGCAGAUCACGCGGCUCAGCGCCAGCAGCCUGAUGCUCAGCAGCGAGGCCAGCGUCACCUUCUACUUCGUGCUGCCCGUGGCGGUGCAGAGCGGUGCCAGCCUAGUGGUGUCCGCGCCGUACCCCUGGUUGUCGGAGAACGUGGAGACCUCCUCUUCCGCAACCAGCGCAGCUUCCUGGACCCUAGACUCCCAAGCUCUCACUGAACAUGCCACUGAGCUUCUGUUGCAGGUGUCUUCGACCCUGCAGUCCUUGACCACUUACGGGUUUGUGGCCUCCGUGCUGCAUCCAAGUGUGGAGCUGGUGGACGCAAGCGCCGAAGACCCCAGGUGGUGGAGUCUGGAGAUCUUCACCGGCGUCCCCAGCAAAGGCUACCGCGAGACCCCCGGCACCAUUCCCUUCGAGCAGCGCAUAGCGGCCGGCACUGUGCCUGGCUACAGCCUGAGGCGGAUGCGGGACUGUGAAGUUGUGCCCUGGGACAAUCGCAUCGGAGAGUCCACGCCCGUAUUGCUGCGGUUCAUGACCACUUCGGCCAUGGAUGCCGUGGUGGCCACUCCGGUGCUGGUGGUCCACCCGCCGGAUGCCUUCCGCUUCACCCGGCCCUGCCAGGCCAUCCCCCCCCGGCCGCCCCUGGAAGAGGGCGCCCUGGCGCGGCGGACGCUGGGCGGGGAGUGCAAGAACAACCCGGGCAACACCAAGGUGUGGCUGGAACUGGGCGAGGCCAUCGCCUCCUUCGUGCCUUACGUGGUGGAGAUCUGGAGCCUUGAGAUGCCGACUCAGCUCAUGGUGAUUGGCAACACCUGGACGUUGCACUUGCAGAGAAAGCAGGACUUGAGCGAUCAAACCUUGUCGGUCAACCAGGAGACUGCCGAGUGUGAUGGCGUUCAAGGUUUCGGUCUAGCAUUGCCUUUGGUGGCUUCUUUCGCGCAGUUUGGCUUUGCUUCCUUCCGGCCGUUGGCACUAUCGCAGGUGACCCUUGUCUUCGGAACGCCUGAGCCUACAGUUGGCGACUACAGCAUUGCAAUCCAGGGUCCAGUGGGCGCGUUCUUCCCCCGGGACUGCACCGGCAGUUUGCUGGACCGGGUGGUCUCGCUGGCCUCUGCUGCACUUGCUGGGAUCCUCACGGGCUGCGUGGGGGGCGGCGGAGAUCCCGAUCGCGCGGAUGCCAUGCUGUCGUUCCAGUACGAUGGCUACGGCGGCUUAGUGGUGGGCGAGGUCUAUGCCCUGACCUUCGAGGUGACCAACAGGCCCUACAUCUCUGGCCUGGAGCCGCACUCCAACAGCUGGCGCUUAUCCAUCAGCGACCCCGUGUGGUCUUUCACAGAGGCAAUUGCUGCAGGGAUCCCGUCCUACGAUCUCACCCGCCCGGUGCUCAUCGACUUCCGGGUGUCCAGCAAGAAGUCCAGCGACGUGCACUCCCUUGCGGCCCCGGAGAAAGCGAAUAUGACUCUGCGCUUCACUCUUCCUGAGGCCCAGCCUGCGGGCACCGAGAUGUGGAUCUCCGCGCCUCCGGACAGCUUCACCUUCGCCGCGCCAUGCCUCAUCAGCAACCCGGAUCUGGACUGGGUGCCGGAUGCUCGGGCCAGCCGCCAAGAUGAGCUCUCGGAAAUGGUCUUUGCCGGCAGCUGCCUGCCCUCCUGUGUGCUGCUUGCCCCGCGCAGUUGUGACGUGCAGCCCAGCUCGGCUCGGCUAGUGGUUGAUCUCGACCUUGAGGCAUCCGUUCCGUACUGCUUUGCCAUCGAGUGCUUCAGUCCCAAGUUGAGCCAAGGCGGCGCCGGCCUCUGGAGCGUCGACUUCUUCAGCGAGGGACUCCUGAGGGAGUCGACGGGGCCUGUCUACGGCCCACAGGCAGGUGCACUGCCACUGCCAUCUGCAGACUUCGGUCACGAGUUUGUGGUUUCCCCGUCCACAAAGUCGCGAGCGGCUGCCGCUGUGAUGCUCACCUUCACAUUCUCCUUGCCACUGCCUUUCAAUGGUUCGGUCACGAUCAUUCCGCCCGCGGUAUCGGGUCUGCUGGCCCACACAGCGACACCGGAGGAAGAGACAGCGACUUCACCUCCCUUGGCUGAGGACAUGGACUUGGGCCGCAUCGGCGUACCCUUCUUCGACUUCACGAACGCCUGCAACAACUUGCAAAAUGCCUCGCCUCUUCCGCCUUGGUCUUGCCGGAGCUCCCUGCGAGCAGUUGCUUUGCUGAGCGGCUGGGCGGCUUUUCAGCGUUACAGCUUCGUGCUGCAGGAGGUACCGGGAGCUGUGGCGACUGGAGCAUCGCGCUUGCAUCAGGACGCUCAGCUGCCGCCGUUCACCCUCCUUGCAGUGGCGGAUGAGACGGAAUUCACGGCCGGGGGCAUCAAACGCUCCGCGGUGGUCGCCAUGGGCGAGGCGCCUGGGUGGCCGCUGGCGGCCGAACUUCGCGUCCAGCGCAUGUCCGUGGAGCUGCCUCUGCUGGACAUGCCUGGCUAUUCACAACUUUCUGUCGCCGUCAGACUGCUGACGGUUUUGUCCGACCGACCUGCGCGCCUUUUGGUGAAGCCGGCGGCCUGGUUCCAGUUCGCCUGGGACGUGACCUGGCCUGUGCCGCGAGUGCAAGAAGGUUCGGGCUUCGGCGAUGAAUGCCAGCCUGAGUUGGACACUGAGCUGGCCUGCGGCUCCGUUCGUUGCUAUGUGAGCGCAACGAGAGCCGGGGAAAGCAUCGAGCUGCCCCACUGCAGCGAGCCGGGGUGCUGCUACGGCAGCGCACGCUUCGGUGCGGCAGCUUACGUUCAGCUGCUGCCAUCAGCGCUUGCGAGCCCGCUGCUGCCCGGAACACAGAUCGAGGUCACAUUUCUGGACGUCAAGACAUCUUCGAGUCUUGCGGGGGGCUCCGCAGUGUGGACGAUUGCCUCCGAAGGCUCUUCAGGUGGGCGCUAUGACAUCGUGGAUGAAGCGCAGCACGAGUCACCGAAGCUCUACGAGGGGCUCCGGCGCGCAGUGGUGGAGCCCACGGUGGGCACCUUGGCCUACGAUGGCGACCUGGUUGUGAUCCUUUUUGAGUUGGAGACGGCGUUGCCCCGGGUUUCUGUGGUGCUCAGCAUCCUGGCGCCUCCUGGAUUUAUCUUCCGGUCAGGUCCGCUUGAGUGGACCACACAAGCCCGGCUGACCUACAUGAAAGCCUGGAUCAAAGCUGGCCUGCCUGAGAGUCAGGCAUUGCAGGGCAACGGCAACAUCGCGGCCAACACCUUGCCAUCAGGCAUCUUGGUGAAUCUCCACGGGCCAAGGCUUGACCUGGAAAUUCCUGCGGCACUUGGUGGAGGAAGCCUGGUUCUGCCGUUGGUGCCGUAUGCCUUGGCGGCCUCUGUGGAUUGUCCGGACGCGCGCCCCGGAAGAGAUGAGAGCUUCUGGUUCUUGCAGACCUUUGCGGACACGAGGCAAGUCCACUGGGGGCGGAUGUCUGGCUUCGUGCUGCGCGGGAGCGUGCUGCAAAUACAAGUGAAUCCAAGCUCACUGCUGCCGCUGUACCCACGCAACGUGCUGAGGCUGUCCUUCGUGCUGUCGCAGGACUUGCCGCGCGCGGCGCCAGCGCCUGCAGGCGCCGCUCCGUGCGGAACUGCGUGCUCUUCCAGGGUGUUGGUGAUUCCUCCAGUGGGAUAUGUCUUUCCUGAAGACUGCGAAGCGAUUGAGGAGGCUGCCUUCAUGGACGGCUCAGCCGGACUGCCACCACCGUACUACUGCCGUGGUGAGACCCGGGGGGCAUACUCCAACGCCUCGUUCAUCCUGCUGGAAGCGGAGGACAGCUCGCGGAGUGGAAUGCUGCUCCAGGAUAAAGAGUAUCAGGUCGUGCUUUUGGUUCGGAAUCCUCUGUUCAGCCCGGACGCAACGAUCCUGAACAACUGGAUCUUCAUGACCCGCUGGGCAGCAACCAGUGCAUUGUUCGAAACGCUGCACCAGGCAGCCAUCCCCGGCUUCAGCCUUUCUGGUAUGGAGGGCUUCAUUGCCCCCAACAGCGUGCACCCCGGCGCCUUCCACCUUCUCAACGUGACCGUGCUGCCGCGGAAUGACACCUCGACUGGAGCGGCGCGGUUACUCGCACUUCUGAUCGUCGCGCCCCGCGGAACGGAGCUGACGUGUACAGGCUUUCUGCCCGGCACCCUGGGCGGUGGCGAGGGGCCGGGUGGCUGGCACGGCUCCCCUGAGCGCUUUGCUUGCACCACCCAGGACGCCUUGCCAUCAAGCGGUCCCUGCGCAGAUGCGGGAGUGUCUGUGCCUCCAGGCUUGUGGAUCAUGUGCUUGGCAGCCCCCCGCCGCCCUGUUUGGGGAGCCUCCGCAGGAAUCCUACAAGCGGCGAGCUGUGCUGGUGAUGAGGCAAGCUGUCCCGUGCACGCGCCGUACAGCCUUGGCAGUGGGACCCAAGCCUUUGUUGGGGAAGAGCUCUGGUUUGGCAUUUACGUCACCAACGCUGUCUACAUGCCCUUCGACAAUACGUGGCUGUUGGCCGUUCUUGGAGAUAGCGGCGAACCUGUCGAGGGACUCAAGCUGCUAGAUGUGGCAGGGAUUGAAGGCUAUCAGUUGAUGCGACCCAACACAUAG